UGGACUUCCUCUUUUGAGUAUUUCUUUGUCGGGACAGUCCUUGCAGAACGCUUGUUGGCCACGGACCCUGGUUGAAUCGCCCUCACCGAGAGUCUUGGCGGGGACAUUCUGCGUAAUAGAAAACCAGUUACGCGCCCCUCAUCUUUUUCCCGAGACACAUUCUCCAAAAUGCAGAUUCCAUUGCUUCGGCUACAGUGCGGCGUCAACAGCUACGACUGGGGCAAGGUUGGCCAAGAGUCGGCAGCAGCCCGCUAUGCGGCCACGACGGCGGCCCCAGAUUUUGCGAUUGAGGCUGAGAAGCCCUAUGCGGAGCUCUGGAUGGGCACUCACCCCUCUCUACCUUCCAAGGAUGUCGAGACCCAGCGGACGCUUCUCGAUCUCGUUCAAGAUAACCAGGCGUUGAUGUCAACGGCAAUCACUGAACGCUAUGGCGGACGGCUACCGUUCCUCUUCAAGGUGCUCUCCAUUCGCAAGGCCCUGAGCAUCCAGGCCCACCCAAACAAGAAGCUGGCCGAAAAGCUCCAUGCUCGAGACCCGCGCAACUAUCCUGAUGACAACCACAAGCCAGAAAUGACCAUUGCCAUUACACCCUUCGAGGGUCUUUGCGGCUUCCGCCCCUUGGCCGAGAUCGCCCACUUCCUCCAGGCUAUCGAGCCCCUCCGCAAGCUUGUCGGCUCUCGCGCCGCCAGCGACUUUGAAGAGAUCGUCAAGGGUAACGAGGAGUCGGAUGAUGAGGCCGUUGUGCAGCGGAACAAGGAUGCGCUUCGCUCAUUGUUCACCACGCUGAUGGAGUCUACACCCGAAAAUAUCGAGACUGCUUCAAAGGAGCUUGUUUCUCUGGCAGAAAACUCACCUGCCAGCUUCGGCACCCUACCCGGUGAAGUUGCGACCAAUCCUACGAACCCGGAUGAGUUGGCUGCCAUCAUCCGCCGACUGAAUGGACAAUUCCCCAACGACAUUGGCUUGUUCGUAUUCUUCUUCCUCAACUUCAUCAAGUUGUCCCCCGGCGAAGCCAUGUUCCUCAAGGCCGACGACAUUCACGCCUAUGUCUCGGGAGAUAUCAUCGAGUGCAUGGCCUCUUCUGACAACGUCGUCCGCGCUGGCUUUACGCCAAAGUUCAAGGAUGUGGAUACUCUGACCAACAUGUUGACGUACUCUUACGCCCCCAUUGAGGAGCAGAAGCUCGCCCCUACCGACUAUCCCUAUGCUAUUCUUAACGCGACCGCAUACUCGAGCGCUUCCUCGUGCAUGCUGUAUGACCCUCCAAUUGAGGAAUUCAGCGUCGUCAAGACGGAUUUGAACCGCACGGGCGCCAAGUUGACCUUUGACCCAGCUGACGGCCCUAGCAUUAUCAUCUGUACUCGUGGCAAGGGCCGGAUCAGCGUUGGUAACAAGACCGAGGAGGUCAAGGAGGGCUACGUCUUCUUUGUUGGCGCUACUGCGGAGUGCAUCAUUGAGAACACUGGCAGUGGGGAGGGUGACGAUGAUGUUUUCACAACGUACAAGGCGUUUUGCGAGCUGACCGGUAAGGAGGAUAUGGUCAAUGGACACUAGUACCCUGUUUUCUAAUUCGGGACUAUCAAUAGGCCGUGCCAGUGUGAGUGCGAACCUAUGAUAUACCUAUCUAAUCGAAAGCUGGAUUUAAUGAGGUCGAUGUUUGUAACCACGCUAUAACUAGAUCUGCGUGUUGGUUCAUCACAUACAAUACACAAGGCUUUACAUUAAAAUACAACCAAGUUCUCUCACUAUGAGCGGUCGAUACCCUUGCAGGCUUGCAACUCACAUAGAUCUCAAUAUCAGGGCAUGUCGUGAUACUUGAGCCGGUUCUCCUAGGGCUUCUAAGGAGUUGCAUCAUGGAUACUGCAUAAACGGAUGGCAUAAACCAUUUCCGCAUUAUUGAAAGGAUUUCCAAAGUGACAUGACAUGUAGCUCGCUCUUCUUGAAAAGAUCCAUCACAGCUUCGGGGAAGCUCCAUGGGCUAGUCCACCAUUUAUCUCUUUUUUGGUCCACUAAGCGACGCGCCGCAAACCACAACUCGAGAUUUGCCUCAUUACCAUUCCCAG